GUCUGUUCCUUCGCGGGCUGCUUGGCAUCUCGCACUGUCCUCGGCUGCUGCUGCCCCCGCCUCCUCCACCCUCGUCUGCUCCUCCUCUUCGGCUGGCCGCUCGAUGUCCGUAAGCCCCUUACUGAGGCCCUCCAAACAACCCCUUGCCCUGGGCUGUUCCGUCUUCCUGUUGGUCCUCCCUCUCCCAACACUUAACCCUCCUGGUUGCACUAGCCGCACAUCCAGCGAGAGACCUUUAGAGACGACCCUGCCUGCCCUUAGGGUGCCUGCCCAGGGUUGAGGCUACCUAGCUCCUUCCCAUCCUUUGGGGGCAGCCUUUACUCCCAGGGCUGUCUGGCUCCCCGAGACCAUUAAGGGUGCGGAGUUCUUGAGGCACUGCGAUUCUGCAGCUUGAGGCCAUGGCCUUGGUUUCCUGGGGCUCCUGGCUGGGGCCUCUCUACUGUAGCCACCUCCCCUCUUGGGGACUCUUGGGAGCCUGUUUUCAUCUCUGCCGCCCCUUAUAACCGCAGAGGUGUCUGUCCAUCAAGCCCGCAGGGUCUGCCGCAUGUGAUGAAAGUCGGGGAAGGCACUGCCAUGGCUUCCCCACUGCCCCAGGAGAUGGGGGAGGAGCUGGCGCCUGUUGGCUCGGAGCCAGGUGACCCUCGGGCUAAGCCCCCUGUCAAGCCCAAGCCCCGGGCCUUGUCCAGUAAGCCAGCUCUGCCUGCCAAGCCCAGCCUCCUGGUUCCUGUUGGGCCUCGGCCUCCUCGGGGUCCCCUGGCUGAGCUGCCUUCUGCCCGGAAGAUGAAUAUGCUGGCAGGACCCCAGCCCUAUGGUGUUAGCAAGCGGCCCCUCACGUUUGCCCCAAGGCCUACAGCUGAGGCACCUGCUGGAGGAGAAGUUACCCAAGAGUCUGGGAAAGAGGAUCCUGGGAAAGAAGACUUACCCCCUCUAACGCCCCCAGCUCGGUGUGCUGCCCUGGGAGGUGUGCGGAAGGCCCCUGCCCCCUUCCGUCCCUCCUCUGAGCGGUUUGCGGCCAGUACGGUAGAAGAGAUCUUGGCCAAGAUGGAGCAGCCUCGGAAGGAGAUCCCUGCCAGCCCCGACCGCCUCUGGGGCUCCCGCCUCACUUUUAACCAUGAUGGAAGCUCUCGAUAUGGCCCCCGGACCUAUGGUACCCCUGGACCCAGAGAGGAUGAUAAGACCCCUGCCAAAGGACAGGCCCAGGAGGGGACAGCAAAGUCUCCGGCAGAGCACCUGGAAGAACAUAGCAAGACUCCCGAGGAGAGGAGCCUCACUUCUAGCCUGGCAAUGAACGGGGACCUGGCUAAGCUGACGAGCUCUGAGCCACCUACCGAUGUUUCCAAGACCCAGAUCACCCCAAGUCCAGACCCCGUUUCAGAGCAUGGAGGCUGUACCAGCACAGUCCUCCCAGCUAACGAAUCCAUCCCAGCCUCCGAAUCUCCCCAGCUUUCAAGCCACCAGACUUUUCCCCACCAUUCUCAAUUUCCAGAAACCCAGAGUCCUGCAAUUCCUGCGGCUUCAGUUUGCCCCCCUGUGACUCCAGCAUCCCCCAGUGCAACCUUGCCUGAUAAGCGUCCCUGCCCUUCCCCCAGCCCAGAGCUACCUGCUGAGGCAGCCCCAGAAACCCUUAGACCCAGUAGCUCUCCUGUGGAGACAGUCUCAAGGCACCAUAGCCCAGAGCAGCCCCCAGCUGUCUUGCCUCAGCCCCUGAUGGAGGGGCCUGAGCUGCCGGACCUUACACGAACGUUCCCAUGUGGGGAGGAGGCAGCAGCCCGGAGUUGCACAGAACCCUGUCCCAGCAGCCUGGCUCAGCGCCGAUUCUCAGAAGGGGUGCUGCUUCGGCCACCUAGCCAGGACCAAGAGAAGCUGGGAGGCUCCCUGGCUGCUCUGCCCCAAGACCAGGGGAGCCAGCCAGACUUAGAUCGUCCCUUUGGAAGUGGGGCAGAGUCUAACUGGAGCUUGUCACAGUCAUUUGAGUGGACCUUCCCCACAAGGCCCUCAGGUCUGGGUGUGUGGCGGCUGGAUUCCCCACCCCCAUCUCCCAUUACAGAAGCCAGUGAGGCCGCUGAGGCUGCUGAGGCUGGCAAUUGGGCUGCAUCCAGCAGGGAAGAAGGAGUGUCCCAGCUGGGACUAGGAACCCCAUCAGCUCCAGAGAGCCCAGGAGGGUCUAUUUCUGGGGUUCAGGGAAAUGAUCCAGGUGUCUCCCUACCCCAGAGAGAUGAUGUAGAGAGUCAGCCUCAGUCCCCGGCUGUUCUCCCCUCUACAGUUGAGGGCCCAUCUGGAACCCCCUUACUUCAGGCAGAGGAGAGCUGUGAGGACCAGGAACCGCUGGCGGGGCAGGAGUCUCCUAUCACUUUGGCCACCAGGGAAGCAGCCCUGCCUGUUUUAGAGCCAGUACUGGGACAGCAACAUCCGACGCCCCCUGACCAACCCUGCAUCCUCUUUGUUGAUGUGCCUGAUCCGGGGCAGGCAUUGCCUUCUGAGGAGGAGGUGGUGACCCUAGGCUGGGCAGAGACCACCCAACCCAGGACAGAGGCUCAGGACCCUUGUAGGGUGUCCCCAGAGCCUACAGGCCCUGAAAGCAGCUCUCGCUGGCUGGAUGACCUCUUGGCAUCACCACCUCCCAACUCAGGCAGUGCCAGGCGGGCAGCUGGAUCCGAGCUGAAGGACGCACAGUCACCGGGCACCUGCUCCGAGGGACUCCUUGGCUGGGCCCAGAAAGACCUGCAGAGUGAAUUUGGGGUUGCAGCAGACUCGCAUCCCAGCAGUUUUGGUCCUUCUAGCUGGUCUCAAGAUGCUUCUCAGAGCUACAGCCUAGGAGGCAGGAGUCCUGCUGGAGACCCAGGCCCUGGGAGUAGAGACUGGAGCAGCAAGUGUGGGCAAGGAUCUGGGGAGGGGAGCAGCAGGGAGUGGGCCAGUAGAUGCAGCCUUGGCCAAGAGGUGAUAGGAGCCCCUGGCAGCCAGGAUGCGGGCGAAGUGUCUGUCCAUGAGUGGGCAGCAGGGAAGCCAGCUCAGCUUGGCACUCAGGGCCUGGAGGCUGAUACACAGGAAUGGGAAUUCGGGAAGAGGGAUUCCCAGGGCACUUACUCCAGCCGUGACAAAGAGCUCCAGGACCAGGAGUUCGGGAAGAGGGAUUCCUUGGGUUCCUUCAGCGCCCGAGAGGCAAGCCUUCAAGACUGGGAGUUCGAGAAGAGAGAUUCGGAUGAGAAGGGUCAAGAAUUGGGGAUGAAGGACCUCUCCGGCAGCUAUAGCAGCCAGGAUGCUGAGGAGCAGGACCGGGAGUUUGAGAAGCGAGAUUCUGUGCUUGACAUCCGUGGCAGCCGGGCCCCAGCCCAGCAGGACCAGGAGUUCGGGAAGAGUGUUUGGUUACGGGAUUACAGAGGUGGUGCCUCAGGGGCCCUCAGCUCACAGGACAGAGGAUUCGGGGCACGAACCCUGAGCUCUGGGUUCAGCCCCGAGGAAGCUCAGCAGCAGGAUGAAGAGUUUGAGAAGAAGACCCCAAGUGGCGAAGACAAGUUUCGUGAGGCCAGCAGGGACACGGGCCAGCGGGAGGAAGGAGAGUCUGGGGGCCUGCUGAGCCCCGGCACACCUAAGUCGCAGGAUGGAGCCGUCAGGCAGAAAGACCAGGGCAACUGGCAAGAUGGCGAGCCCAACCAGGAGGUCGCAGGGCUGCAGGGAAGAAUGCAGGCAGGAAGUCAGAGCCCUAGCAGUGCCGACUUGGAAGACAGAGAAACAGGGCAGCGAGGCUGGACUGGGGAGUUCAGCCUUGGUGUUACAGCCCAGUCGGAGGCGGCAUUUAGUCCCGGGCAUCAAGGUUGGAGCAGGGACUUACGCAUGGAGGCUACUAAGAGUAGCUCUCAGUUUGGCAUCAUUGGUAAUGACAGAGCGAGUGGCGCUGGCCUCAGCCCCUCCGAGAAGAUGGGAGGUGGUCCCUUUGUGCCACCUGGAGAGACCAAGGCUGGAGCUGUGGACUGGACGGAUCAGCUAGGUCUCAGGAACUUGGAAGUGUCUAGCUGUGUGAGUUCCAGGCGCUCAAGUGAGGCUAGAGAGAAUGUUGUGGGACAAAUGGGCUGGUCAGACAGCCUGGGCUUGAACAAUGGGGAUCUGGCCGGUCAUUUGGGAACUGGAGGCUCUGAAGAGCCCAGGGGCAUGGGAGUUGGGGAGAAGGACUGGCCUUCUGACGUGGAGGUGAGGAGCAGAGAUUUGCCAAGGCGGGGAGAGGUAGGAGGGCACAGCCAGGCCAGAGAGAGUGGUGUGGGGCAGCCCGACUGGUCGGGUGUGGAAGCUGGAGAGUUCCUUAAGUCGAGAGAGCGAGGAGUUGGACAGGCAGAUUGGACACCUGAUCUUGGGUUGAGAAACAUGGCCCCAGGGGCAGGCUGCAGCCCCGGAGAGCCCAGGGAACUUGGUGUGGGUCAGGUAGACUGGGGUGACAAUCUAGGUCUGAGGAAUUUAGAGGUGUCCUGUGACCUAGAGUCAGGAAGUUCUCGGGGCUGUGGAGUUGGGCAGAUGGACUGGACCCAGGACUUGGGACUCCGGAACCUCAAUCUCUGUGGGGCCCCAAGUGAAGUUAGGGAGUGUGGGGUGGGGAGAGUGGGCCCUGGCCUAGAGCUAGAUCUUAAGAAUAGUGGCAGUUUGUCCCCUGGUUUGGAGAAUGAAGACCCCUUGGAGGCCAGGGAGCUGGGGGUUGGUGAGACAAGUGGGCCAGAGACGCAGGGUGAAGGCAGCUCAUCACCUUCCUUUGAGACCCAUCCUGAAGCCACUGGAAUGGAUACAGAAGAAGCCCCGGGCGUGGGAGCCAGCCCCAGGUGCCUGGCUCGCUCCCCACCUUCCGGCUCCCAGAGCCUUCUGGAGGGGAUAAUGGCAGCCAGCAGCCCAAAGGCAGCUACUCGAAGGGAAUCAGCAGCUUCAGGCCUCAGGGUUCUGUUGGAGGAGGAAGGAGCCACUGCAGGUGCUGGCCAAGGGGAACCCAAGGAGUCUAGCAGGGACCCUUUGCCUUCCUCGAGGCCCCAGCCUGAUGGGGAAGCCAGCCAGGUAGAAGAGGUGGAUGGCACCUGGAGUCUUACAGGGGGGGCUAGGCAAGAUGAGCAGGGGUCGGCCCUGCCCCCCCGACGGCCUCCCAGAGGACCUCUGCCCAGCUGCCCCAGUGAGGACUUCUCCUUCAUAGAGGACACUGAGAUCCUUGAUAGUGCCAUGUAUCGGAGUCGUGCCAACCUAGGGCGUAAGCGGGGACACCGGGCCCCAGCCAUACGGCCUGGGGGUACCCUGGGCCUGUCAGAGACAGCAGACUCAGAGACUCGGCUGUUCCAAGAUUCAACGGAGCCAAGGACUUCCCGAGUACCAUCUUCAGAUGAGGAGGUAGUGGAGGAGCCUCAGAGCCGCCGGACACGGAUGUCCUUGGGCACCAAAGGGCUGAAAGUCAACCUCUUUCCUGGCCUGAGUCCAUCAGCCUUGAAGGCUAAGCUGCGCUCCCGGAACCGCUCAGCUGAGGAGGGGGAGGUGACAGAGAGCAAGUCAAGCCAGAAGGAGUCCUCCGUCCAGCGUUCUAAGUCCUGCAAGGUCCCGGGGCUGGGGAAACCCCUCACGUUACCCCCCAAGCCAGAAAAAUCCUCAGGGUCAGAAGGAUCAUCGCCCAACUGGCUACAAGCCCUGAAGCUGAAGAAGAAAAAGAUCUGAUCAGGGGCCAAGGUCCUUCCAUCUGGCAGUCUCAGGCAGUGCCAUUCCUGUGGGGUCCCCAAGUGAGGAGACAGCUGGAGCCCCGCUAAGGCUCAGACUGCAGCCUCCUUCCCCCUCCACUUCUGAGGAGUGUCUGGGAGGCACAUUUAUGCACUUUGUACCACCGUCCCAACUUCUUCCACACCUUCCUUCCCGGCCCGGGUUCCCUUACCUAGUGGUGGGAGGUUUUGGCCCUUCCUUCCCUCACUCUUCCCUUCACCCUCUCGCUUCCUUCUUCCGCUUCCCUUGGGUUUUCUUUUGAUACCAAUUUAUAGCAUUUUUUAUAAAAGCCUUUGAUUUUUGUAAUGGGUGGGCCCCACCCCAAACCCCGCCCCAGGUCUCCCUCCUUCCCGCUAGGUGCCCCACAGAGACCAAUGACAUUUUACCACUUGAAACAAUGAAUAAAGUUUUUUGGGAAUUGG